GACACCAGCAUUCACCUCUGGCAGCUACAGAAUCCUCAGUUGUGCUCCCGUCUGCUAACAGCUAUCUGCUCCCUAUGGACCCACCUUCUCUAGCUACAGUCCGUGGGAUCUCUUGCUGCCUACCUGCCUUGGACAUCGCCGUUCUCUGGAUCGCUACUGCGAACUGCCUUUUCUGGACCUUGCAGCUCGUAUGACUGAAACCUGCCUUGGAGUCCCUCAGCUGCACAUCCUCCCUUGUGCUCACUGGGAGACUCCUGCAGCAGGAUCUUCUGACCCAGACAAGGAUGGGAUUUACAGGGAGAAGUCAAAACUGAGCUGCAUUCAGCGAGAUGCCCAACGCCUCUUCCUGGAGUGCUAGCUCGCCUCUGCUGCUGCUCUGGGAGGACUCCUCCGGGACGCGCAUCUUCCUGUCGCUGCUCUACGCAGUCUUAGCUAUCUCAGGGACUUUAUCCAAUGUGAUGGUCAUCUACUUAGUCUUCUCCUUCAAGAAGCUACAGACAACCAGCAAUGCCUUCAUAGUGAACGGCUGUGCGGCAGACCUAAGCGUGUGUGCCCUGUGGAUGCCCCAGGAGGCUGUGCUGGGGCUGCUGCCUCCCAACUCCUCCUCCCUUCGUUCGGCGGAGUACCGGCUGCUCCGAGGGGGGCUCCUCGGCCUCGGCCUCACCGUCUCCCUGGCCUCCCACCUGCUGGUGGCCUUCAACAGGUACGUGCUCAUCACCAAGCUGCCCAGCGUGUACCAGGCCCUCUACCAGCGGAGACACACGGGCUGCAUGAUCGGGCUCUCCUGGGCCCUCGCCCUGCUCCUCGUCCCGCUGCUGCCCGGGCUCUGGACGCCGGGCUCCGGCCAGCAGCCGCCCCCGCGGCCGACGGACGGCAGCUCUCGCUACACCGCCCUGCUCCUCGCCCUGGCCGUGCUGGGCCAGACCGCGCUGCUGCUCCACUGCUACCUGGGCAUCGUGCGGCGGGUGCGGGGCAGCGCCAAGCGGGUCAGCGUCCUCAACUUCCACCUCCUCCACCAGCUGCCCUUCCCCGCCGCCCCGCCGCCGCCCCGCCGCGCCCAGCGCCGCCUCAGCAGCGUCUCCGUCCUGCUGCUCUGCUGCGUCUUCCUCCUGGGCACCCAGCCUCUGGUGUGGGUCAGCCUCCUGGGCUUCUUCCUGCGCCCGGCGCCGCCGGCGCUACAGGCCGCCAGCUGGCUGCUCCUCUGCUCCCUCUCGGCCCUCAACCCCUUGCUCUACACAUGGCGCAGCGAGGAGUUCCGCCGGGCGGCCCGCUCCGUCCUGCCCCGCGGCGAGGGCCCCGCCGCCGCCCCGCAGCCCUGGCGGCUUCUCCGGGGCAGCGGGACGGGCGCUGGGCUGGGGGUCUCCCGCCCGCCCGCAGCACGGCCCUGCCCGCCCCCUCAGCGCCGCUCCCCCCGACGGCAGCCGCCCGCCCCCGGGGGCCGGCCAGGACUGCAGCCAGAUCCAGAAAUCUGGGAUAACCGAAACACAAAGGAAGAAAGAAAUAUUCUCACUAGGCAGAACCAGCUCCUGUGGUUCAAGGACCAAGACAAAAGGAACAAAGACAGAGCUGCUAUUAUUGAAAAGCUUUACUUAGGACCAAAGACGCCUUGUGUUCGGGGGCAGCCCUACAAAGUGAAAGAGCUGCAGGUGAAAAAUGGCAUCGUCAAGCCAUACCGUGGUACCCCAGGCCUUCUGGCUGUGCCUCCUAAGGUCUCUCUGGGGGCAGAGGCUGGUGACCUCUACUGUCCAGAAGCUGAUCCAGGAACCAGAGCCAAGACUCCUGGGAUACACAUGUUUACAAGACUGCAGGUUGUGGGUGACAGUAAAGUCAGCCGGCUAAAGAAGGAAGUCAUACCUCAAGUAAGGGGACAUAAUAUUCUGUGCAAAGAAGGAAAUUAUUUAAAGCCCUGCAUGAUGAACUUGGCCUGUUAUGUGCAGUCUUCAUCUUCCGCUGAAGCACCCACUGUUGACUAUCACUUUAAGUUAGACAGUGGACCAACAGUAAAUGCUGCUGAUGUGGCAGAUGAUCUGUUCCUCAGGCAGAUUUUGCCAGAGUAUGUGAUAGUUUUGCACUUCUGGCCUGAGAAUGAUGGGUCUCUCAGUCCAGGUGGCCAACUCUGUCAGGACAAUAAAUCGAUGUUCUUUCUUCUCUGUCCCGGAGGAAGUGUGGAGGAGGGAAGAUGGUCUUCCUUCCAAAGGAUAUUUGCCUUUGCCAUAGUGAUAGAAAAAGCUGAUGAAUAA